CGCAGGGAGACGCCAGUUUCAGGGGUCGGGACCAUGGCGGUGACCAAGGAGUUGUUGCAAAUGGACCUGUACGCGCUCCUGGGAGUCGGGGAGAAGGCGGCCGACAAGGAGGUGAAGAAAGCAUACCGACAAAAGGCCCUCACUUGCCAUCCAGACAAAAAUCCAGAUAAUCCCCAAGCAGCUGAGCUCUUCCACCAGCUAUCCCAGGCCUUGGAAGUGUUGACGGAUGCUGCAGCCCGGGCAGCAUACGACAAGGUCAGGAAAGCCAAGAAGCAGGCGGCUGAGAGGACUCAGAAACUUGAUGAGAGAAGGAAGAAAGUGAAGCUUGAUCUUGAGGCCCGGGAGAGGCAAGCCCAGGCCCAAGGGAGUGAGUUAGAGGAAGACAAUCGAAGCACCAGGACAUUAGAACAAGAGAUUGCACGCCUACGAGAAGAAGGCUCCCGGCAGCUGGAAGAACAACAGAGGCUGAUCCAGGAGCAGAUACGCCAAGAUCAGGAACAGAGAUUAAGAGGAAAGACGGAAAAUCCUGAAGGCAAAGGAACACCUAAACUGAAGCUAAAAUGGAAGUGCAAAAAAGAGGAUGAGACCAAAGGUGGUUACUCCAAGGAUGUCCUGUUGAGGAUUCUGCAGAAGUACGGUGAAGUGCUCAACCUGGUCAUCUCCAGUAAGAAGACGGGGAGUGCUGUGGUGGAAUUUGCUUCUGUCAAGGCUGCGGUACUGGCUGUCAAGAAUGAGGUGGGCCUCGUCAAUAACCCUCUGAAGAUCUCCUGGCUGGAGGGUCAGCCACAGGGAGCGGUGAGCAGCGAUGGUACCAGCCACUCAGGACUGUCACAGGGUUCCGUGCUGUCAGAGAGGGACUAUGAGAGCCUCGUCAUGAUGCGCAUGCGUCAGGCAGCAGAGCGGCAACAGCUGAUGGAGCAGAUGCAGAGAGAGGAUGAGGAGGGCAUGCCCACAUAGCCCCACAGAGCCUAUCCCCUCUUCCCUUCUUCCCUCCCUCCUGCCCCCUUUUCUUAAAUUAAUACCCAAAAUAAAUUUUUUUAG